AUGACCAGACGCAAUGCAACCCCGGACGUACUAAAACCCCUGUUCAGAGGUCUCCCUGUUAUCCUUGCCGUUAUGUUUUUCAGUGUAUUGGCCGCUAAACGUUACCUGCAUUAUACCACACCACUUUAUGAAAGCACUGUAAAGAUCAAACUGGCCGAUACCAAAGAUGGUGUGCCUAACAGUAACCUCUACAAGAACUUUGACGUAUUUACCAGCACCAAUAAAAUAGGUACGGAAGUAGAAGUAUUAAGAUCUGAAGCCCUGAUCGAAAAGGUCAUAGAUCGCGUAAAUAUUUCAACAGCUGUAUUCCGCGUUGGCGACCUGCAUAAAAAAGAGCUGUAUGAUGAGUCGCCUGUGACUGUUGUGCCGGGCUUAAUGUCAGCUGAUGGCUAUGACCGGCCGUUUAAAAUGAUUAUCAGCAACCGCGAUCAUCUCAAGGUUACUUUGCCGGAUGGCACGCUGGUUAACGGGCUUGCGGGGCAGGAGAUAAAAACAAGGUAUGGCAGCUUUAUUAUACGGCACAAUGACAGCCUGCUGACUGCACGGCCUUUAUUGCUGGUUGAUGACCAUUAUGAAUUCGUGAUCAAUAGCCGUAAAAAAUUGAUAUCCGGUAUUAUUGCCGACCUUGAUGUAACUUCUGUAGAUAAAGAUAUCCCGGUGCUCAGGGUUAGUUAUAAAUGCCCGGUAGCACGCAAAAGCGCCGAUAUAGUGAAUGCUGUAGCAGCCACCUAUAUUGAAGACUAUAUCCAGGAAAAAUACCGUUCUGCAGAUACAACGGAAACGUUUCUGACCAACCAGCUAAAGGAUUACAGCGGCAAGCUGAACGCCAGCGAAGCCCAGAUACAGCAAUACCGGGAUAAUAAGAACAUCAUCAACAUCCACCAGGAAACGGAAACAAACCUGAGGAAGGUUGCCGACCUGAAGAAACAACUGGCCAGUGUGCAAAUGAACCUGGAGGCUAUCGACAGCCUUAAUCAUUAUAUAAAGAACGGCAAGGAUAAUUUUACGGAGCUGGCCCCCAACUUCGAAGCCUUUACCGAUCUGCUAAGCACAGAGAUGGUGAAAGAUAUGAAGCACCUGCAAGCUGAUAAGGAAGACCUGCUGACAAGGUAUACACCCGAGAAUGAAAAGGUGGCCGUAGUGGAUAAGAAGAUCAGUGACCUUUCUGAAUACCUUCAGGAAAGCAUACGCAAUACAGAAACGAACCUGCGCAUCAAGUACAACGAUCUCAACCAGACGAUACACCAGUCUGAAGCCGAAUUUAUAGGUCUGCCGGAAAAAGAAAGGAAUAUGACGGUGCUCGAGCGGAACUUCGGGCUGAAUGAGCAGAUCUACCGGUUUCUGCAGGAAAAAAGAACCGACGCUACCAUUGCAAAGGCAGCAACCAUUUCCUUUCAUCGCAUACUUUCAGCCGGCGAAGUGCCAGCCGCACCCGUUUCGCCCAAUGCAAAGCUGAUCAUUGUAUUUUCCGGUUUCCUUGGCCUGCUGUUCAGUAUCAUUGGCAUCUACAGUAUACACCGUAUGAAGGCCCGUGUAGACAAUGAAACGGUCAUCUAUCGCAAUUCAGAUUCCGGAUUGGCUUACAGCAUUCCUUAUUGUAAAACAGCCCGGCAAAAAAACACCCUGUUUAAUCACUGGGUACUGGAGUUGGAAUUAAAGCAGCAAUUGAAGGAGGGAACAGUUAUCUGUAUAAGCUCUGAUAAAAAAGAGGAAGGGAAACAUUUUACAGCAACCGGCCUCGCUGCAGCUCUUGCCGCACUGGGAAAGAAAGUACUGCUGGUUGGUAUAAGCGGAAGUAUUGACCCUGGUGCAAAUGCAUACCAGCAGGCUGUUCCCGGAAAAGUGAAUGCACAAUGGAGGAUACCCGCAGUAUGGUCGUCCAUGAUACAGCAAUGGAAAGAAGUGACUACUGAUCUAUCCAUUGUACCACUUUGGGCUUACUGCAACGGAGGCAUUAGCCGUGCUUGUAAAUAUAAUGCUGUACCUCUUGCAGGACCUUUGCAGGAGGCUGUUGCUGACACAUGGCAGGGUAAUGCCGGCAUUGCUCAUCGAUAUCCUGAAUAA